ACACGCCAGUACCCGAAUGCUUAUGUCGAUCAAAGGUAAAUAAGGCGUUCGACUACUGCUUGAACAGGUAUCGUGCUAUCCUCCACCUCUGGACCAGGUAUCGCGCUAUCCUUCACGUACUAUCAUACAGUCUACUUGCCUUUCAUUGACACGACUACUCCGCACGUCCAACGAUGGCAUUCGCCAAACUCAAGGCGGCGUUCAAGCGCAAAUCUGCCGCUAAUCGUAAUCCUGGGGCAGACCCUCCAGCUCCCUCUACGACGGGUGGACAUGGGGCCCAGCCUUCUCAACAAGUUUCGCAGACGGUGGCUCCUGUCCCCGGUACCGGCGGGGGCCAGUCUUCUCAGCAAGUCGCGCAGCCGCCUCCUCCACCUAGUACUAGUGCGACCCAGCCUUCUCAGCCAGUUUCGCAGAUGCCAGCUCCGGUUCCCCACACUAGUGCGACACCGGUUCCCGUACCCAGAACCAGUUCGCGCAGGGUUCCGGGACAGGCUGUGAGUACCGACGUUGCUCCGUAUCCAGGCUGGACGGGUGGCUUACAUAUCUUAAUAGCAAGUGAGGGAGGGAGAAGACGUCGGGGCUGCCCCUGCGAAUAGGAGGUUUCUCAGACUGCGAGCGGCCAUGAACAGGUUGCGGUCAUUCUUCCGUCGGGGAGGGCAAAACGAGGGGGAGCAAGCAGAAACUGUGCCCGGCAACAGACCCCGCUCCUCGCUCUCCAUACGCACCGUUCCGCGAGG